GUGCCUCUAAAACCUACUUAAGUACAGUGCUGGAGUAAAUGUUAGUUGAUCUACCAAUGCUUUUAACAGUUAAAGCUGUAUCGCGUUGAUUGGAUAAAAGUCAACGAGUCAAGAAGACAAAAUUCCCGACGUCACCUGAAGGCAUCAAAACUUCAGUCUGUUAUAUGAAAGUCAUUAACCUCGCGCGAACCGUUGGCUCUCUAAGAACAACCAACCGUCACCUACAGACACCGUUACCUCUCCUGUUUUAUACCUCUAACCGAGCUGUGGACAGCAGCCAUGUUGUGUCUGAGAGCCCUGCGUCUGUCCAACUCUGUCCAACUGAUCGUCAGACACACAGAUGCGGCGAAGAAGGUUUUCAUCAUCCAGCCAGCAUGUUGUCUGAGCACCAAGUCAACAACGACGUCCCAGCGACCGCCGCCAACACACUUGGACCCUCAUCUCAAAAUGAAUGUCCAUUCAAAGUCUCCCAGCUCUGGAGUGGAAGACAUGCUGUUCUACACCAUCACAGAGGGAAAAGAGCAAAUCCCCAUGUCAUACUUUAUCUCUGCCCUGAAGAAAACGGGUCUCCACCCGUCAGACCCUCGUCUGAAGGACUGCAUGGAGAAGUUUCGACAGGCUGUGAGGGAAUCUGUUGGUGAGGUGAUGAUGGACAGAGAUCUUUUCCACAGGUGUGUCGGAGGAAACAUCGUCCUGCUGAUUCAGGCCUUUAGAAAGAAAUUUAUCAUCCCCGAGUUUGACGUGUUUGCACAGAAAAUAAAUGAAAUCUACAACACGGUGCAAAACCAAAGUGACGGGAAGGUUGCAGACUACAUCCCCCAACUUGCUAAAUUUAAUCCAGAACUGUGGGGUGUGUCUUUGUGUACGGUGGAUGGUCAGAGGCACUCAGUGGGCGACACCAAGCAGCCGUUCUGCCUGCAGUCCUGCGUGAAGCCCCUGCAGUACGCCAUCGCCGUCCACGAGGCUGGAACAGAGAAGGUUCACCGCUAUGUCGGCAUGGAGCCCAGUGGACUCAAGUUCAACAUGCUCUCACUUGAUGAUGAAGAUAAACCCCACAACCCCAUGGUAAACGCUGGAGCCAUAGUGAUCAGCUCUCUUAUCAAGCCUCGUUCAAAUAAGGCAGAGAAGUUUGACUAUGUGAUGGAGUUUGUGAAAAAGAUGGCAGGCCAAGAGUAUGUGGGAUUCAGCAAUGCCACGUUCCAGUCAGAAAAAGAAACAGGCGACAGAAAUUUUGCCAUUGGAUACUACAUGAAAGAGAAGAAGUGUUUUCCUCCGGGAGCAGAAAUGAUCGAUGCCUUGGACUUCUACUUCCAGCUUUGCUCCAUCGAGGUGACCUGCGAAUCAGGAAGCAUCAUGGCCGCCACUCUGGCCAACGGAGGGAUCUGUCCAGUCACAGGCGAGCGUGUCCUGAGCGCCGAGGCGGUGCGAAACACUCUGAGUCUCAUGCACUCGUGUGGCAUGUAUGACUUCUCUGGCCAGAUGGCCUUUCACGUGGGCGUGCCAGCCAAAUCUGGUGUGUCAGGUGCCAUACUGCUGGUGAUCCCCAACGUCAUGGGAGUGAUGUGUUGGUCUCCUCCUCUGGACAGAGUUGGAAACAGCGUCCGGGGAAUACAAUUCUGUCAGGAGCUCGUCUCAGUCUUCAAUUUCCACAAUUACGACAACUUGCGGCACUUUGUCAAGAAGCAGGACCCUCGCAGACCGGAGGGAGACGACAGGAACAAGUCUGUUUUCAGUUUGAUGUUCGCCGCAUACAGUGGAGACGUGUCUGCCCUGAGAAGGUUUGCUCUCUCAUCCAUGGACAUGGGCCUGAAAGACUACGACUCUCGAACAGCGCUACAUAUCUCUGCAGCAGAGGGUCACAUAGACGUGGUGAAGUUCCUCACUGACACCUGCAAAGUCGAUCCAUUUGUAGAAGACAGGUGGGGGAACCUACCGAUCGAUGAUGCUCUGCAGUUCGGACACGAUGAGGUGGUGAAGGUGCUGAAAGACUACCAGCUGGUCUACAGGCAGCAGGAAACACAGAACACAGGGGCUGAGCAUUCCUUGAAGAUAGACCCCAUCGAGGGCAUGGUGUGAUGCAUUUAAAUCCCCACACUGCAACAUGUUAGGGCAUUUGUGCAAUCUGUCAGGUUUGGAAAUAUGAAGGUCUAGUUGUAGCACCUGAAAUGAGCGCCAAACAAAGAAGAGAAUAUGACUGUAUGAGUCAGGGUUUCCUACAGCUUAAGGCAAGUUAGAGUUAAGACUUUUAAAGUCUUUUUUAUUGCCACUCAAUAUAAAGUGUCAGAACAAUUUUGCGAGACAUAAAAUUGGAUAAAAAGAAGAAAUGGCAUCAGUUACAUAGGAUUAGGGACAAUUUUGCCCAAAUUUAUGUAAGAUAAAACCUCACUUUUUUGGUCCAGUAAAACGUUUGAUCAGUGGUUCCCAACUGGUCCAGUGACACGGUCCAGAUUUCUCCCUAGUCAAGGUCAACACAGUUUAAAAUAUUCAGCGUCACACUUACACUCACAUACACACUCACUCUACAGUAGGGAAACGACACUUCAAAAUAAAAGCUCUUUGCCUCAUGGUACAUAAAAAUAAAGUGUGUUUUUUCCAAACA